AAGACAAUCAAUGAUUACCCAUUCCCAACACCUCCUGUCAAUAAAAGUGGGCAAUCGCUGGAUAAUUUGUCAAGAAACAGAGGUCGUGCAAAUGAGAGGAAGUAUGUUGAUUCAAAAGUUGUGGUUAAGCUUGGUUCUGGCAUUCGCACUAACCACUACCAUCGCACUACCGAUUCCCAACACCUCCUAUUCUCAUCAUGCCUCUGCUUUACAUAUCCCUCCCAUGGUUGAAACGUUUUCUGCUGUGAAAGAACGUAUGCUACUCGACCAAGGUGAUGAAGAUGCUUUUGAAAAGAGGGACGUGGAAGCCCUUCUCUCUUUCAGAAGUGGCAUUGCAGCCGACCCCAUGCAGUCGCUUUCCAGCUGGACUUCAAACAAUUCAGAAAACGUGUGCUCGUGGAAUGGUGUUUGGUGCAGAAAACAUACCCACAGAGUGGUUGCAGUCAUUCUUCCUCAAUUGGGAUUACAAGGUACCAUUUCUCCUUCCAUAGGGAACCUAUCUUUGCUAGCUAAUUUGAAUCUCUCCAGCAAUUCUUUGAUGGGAAGGAUUCCACCUCAGCUUGGCAAACUAAAAGCGUUGCGGUUACUCGACCUCAACACAAAUCUACUGAUGGGUUCCAUCCCCAAAUCUCUUGCUAAUUGCACACAACUUCAGUGGAUCAGACUUUCUACCAACAACUUGACGGGGAUCAUACCAAAAGAAUUUGGUUCUAUGGGUAACUUAGAGCAUCUCCGCUUGUCCCACAAUAGUCUCGAUGGAAGCAUUCCAAAUUCUCUAGGGAGGUGCACGUCUCUGCUUGAUUUGGUCCUGGGCUAUAACAGUCUCACAGGUGGCAUCCCGUCUGAACUGGGGAGGUUGGAGAAAUUGCAAAUCCUUGGCCUGCACUUUAACAGGUUGAUGUCUCAAAUCCCUGCAGCUUUGGGUAAUUGUUCUUCACUUGAGGUACUGUUUCUGGGGGGUAACUCGCUGACUGGUAACAUACCACCCGAACUAGGAAAUUUGAAACAGCUUGUCCAAUUAUCACUGUAUGGCCCAGGCAAUCUUACAGGUUCUAUACCUGCAGAAAUAGGAAACUGUAGCAAUCUUGUGUGGCUUGAUGUUGGAUGGAACUACCUAAUGAACGGAUCCCUGCCUCUGAGUAUCUUCAAGCUACCCCUCACCACUCUUUCCUUAAUUCAGAACAAAUUUGUAGGGAGAAUUCCAGAAUUUAUUUCCAAUCUCACCCAGUUAACUUACUUAGAUUUGGCCAUAAACAAAUACACGGGACCGAUUCCCAAUGGCAUUGGAAAUUUGUCAGAGUUAACUUAUCUAAAUCUGGGCGGAAAUAGUUUAACAGGCACCUUGAAACAUUUUACUAGAUUGACCAAGCUUGAAUCACUUUACUUGGGCACUAACAAUUUGACAGGGAUAGUUCCCGAGGCUAUAGGAAACCUCCAACAUUUGAAAUCCCUUGCUUUGGAUACAAACAUUUUCACAGGCGUGCUUCCGGAGUCCAUUGGAAAGCUCCAAUCUUUAGAAAACCUGUAUCUAUUUUCUAACAAUUUCACUGGUCCUAUGCCAGAUAGUUUUGGUAAACUCAUAAAUCUUAAGCAGCUGUUCCUCUCAAGCAGUAACAUUUCCGGGAAUAUUCCACAAUCUAUCAGUGGUUUGAUCUCGCUGGAGCUGUUGGAUUUGUCAGAUAACAACUUGGAUGGAAAUAUUCCUGAGGGUAUCACUAAUUGCACUGCACUCAAGCGCUUAAUUUUGUCCCAAAAUAAGCUGAGUGGAAAGAUUCCACCCUCUAUUGACAGCUGCAACUUGAUGACAGAGUUGAUACUAUCCAGUAACUCUUUGUCAGGUAAAAUUUCCCCCACACUUAGCAACUGGACAUCUUUGAAAAAGUUGAAGUUGUCGGACAAUUUCUUCCAUGGAAAUUUAGAUAUGAUUUAUUCUUCUUCUAUGGAAGUGUUGUCUGCACACUCCAAUAACUUCUCGGGUACUCUUCCUGCAUCCUUGGCCAACUGUAAGGAGCUUCAGCUUUUGGAUUUGUCAGAUAACAACUUGGAUGGAAAUAUUCCUGAGGGUAUCACUAAUUGCACUGCACUCAAGCGCUUAAUUUUGUCCCAAAAUAAGCUGAGUGGAAAGAUUCCACCCUCUAUUGACAGCUGCAACUUGAUGACAGAGUUGAUACUAUCCAGUAACUCUUUGUCAGGUAAAAUUUCCCCCACACUUAGCAACUGGACAUCUUUGAAAAAGUUGAAGUUGUCGGACAAUUUCUUCCAUGGAAAUUUAGAUAUGAUUUAUUCUUCUUCUAUGGAAGUGUUGUCUGCACACUCCAAUAACUUCUCGGGUACUCUUCCUGCAUCCUUGGCCAACUGUAAGGAGCUUCAGCUUUUGGAUUUCAGGAGGAAUCAUUUGAGAGGUGAGCUUCCUUGGUACUUGGCGAAUUUUCAGAAAUUGAGAGUUUUGAGCCUGGGGUAUAAUCAGCUUCACGGUAGCCUUCCUGCAUGGAUGGUAAAUCUCACCAAUUUGCAGGUGUUGGAUUUAUCAAACAAUAAGUUUGAUGGACGAAUACCCUCUAAUCUUGAGAAUCUCAAGGGGUUUGGAGUCCUGGGAGAUCCGCAGCUGAGUGGAAACACAUUGUAUGAGGAAAUACCCAUGGUAAUCAAGGGAAAUGAGUACAGUGUGGAAUAUGUUCUGAGUUCAAACACCGUACUUGACUUAUCAAGUAACAAUCUCAGCGGGCAGAUACCAGAAAGCAUAGGGAAGUUGAGCAGUCUGAGAUUACUAAAUCUCUCUGGAAAUCAUUUGGAAGGUGUGAUACCAGCUUCUCUUGGGCAGAUAUGGACUCUGGAGCAGUUGGACUUGUCUAAAAAUGAGCUAAGAGGGCGCAUUCCUGAGGAGCUGUCUGUAUUGUACCUGUUGGCCUACUUGGAUCUAUCUUCUAACAGUCUUUGUGGACAGAUACCCAGAGGAACUCAGUUACAGUCAUUCACUGCCAAGUCAUUCCAGAAAAAUCCUCCAUGUUUAUGCGGGGCGCCUCUACCGAAUUGCAGCCCAAAGAACAAUGCUUCUGUAGUCCCAUCACCUUUAGCGAAGACCAAAUCAAUAUGGACUAUAAUUGAUGAAAAUGUGUCCAUGAUUGCUGUGGGGUUGGGUUUCGGGAUUGCAUUUGGUGGAACAAUGGUAUCGAUAAUAUGGUGGGACAGACUUUGGCUUUGCAGUAGGCUCUUCAAAAUCAGAGGCUUUCAUGGAGUUGUGGAAUCGCAAACGUGUAGUUGGAGUUUGGACUACAAUCCGCGUUUUACAUUUCACUCAUCCACAUCCACAUCCACUGGUUAGUUCUUCACUUUCAAAAUGUUUUGGUUUCAUCUCACUUCCUGAUAGAUUUAUCAAUUUGGUUAACGUAAUCCGUUGAUAAAAUUCACCUAUUUCCGGCUUAGUCAGAGUUUAAAUAUAGUGUAGAAUAAAGCAAAUGGCAAGUACAGAAGUCUCCUAGGCCAGCUAAAAACUCUACGUGCAAUAUAUUGAAUGUAUGUUAAAGGCAUUAUAUAUUCUAAUACUAUUUAAUAUAUUUAUCGAUA